CUCCAUUUGUUUAUUAUUUGGAUUCAUAUAAUUAAUUGAAAUUUUUUUCAAAAAAAACUUUUUACAAGCGAAAAUGGGUGGAAAACAAAACAGAACACGAAAUAAUGUUAGGCCCUCAAACAGUGGUCGUAGUGCAGCAAUGCUUAACUCCACCCUACCUCAAUUCACAGGCUUUUCCGGAUCAAACGAAUCCACCAAGUUACCCUCGUUUUCCUUCAACCGCGCAGACGAAUUCGAAUCUUCUUUGGACGACAAUUUCCAGUUGGUUUUGAAAAAAGUCUCCAAAAAGGACAGCACCACAAAACUGAAAGGACUACAAGAGUUUGCUGACAUCCUCGAAAAAGCUGAUCCCCCAAUAAUUAAAACCCUUCUACCUAUUUGGCCAAGAUAUUAUAGUAUUUUAGCAAUACAUCCAGAUAAUAGAAUAAGAGAGGCCGCACAAAAUGCUCACCGUGUUAUCGUUUUGAAAGCCAAACGUGAUAUUGCACCUUAUUUGAAGCAAUUGAUGGCACCCUGGUAUACUUCUCAGUACGAUAACUAUCCUGCGGCUGCAGCAGCUGCAAUAAAAGCAUUCAAAGAUACGUUUUCUCCAGAAAAACUCAAAGAAGCUAUUUUAUUUUGUCAACAAGAAAUUCUUAAUUACAUACAUGAUAAUCUAGUGAAUCAAUCUGCUGAAAAUAUGCUGUCUUCAAGUCAACUCUCAUCUGAAGAAGCUGAAGCUAGAUACGAAAGAGUUGUGAUAUCUUGCCUGCAAGGCUACGCAAUGUAUUUAAAAGAGGCAAAUAAUGAAAAAAUUAACGAGUCUUUGGAUUUGAAUAAUCAAAUUAUAACAAAUAAAAAGUUUUGGAAAUUUGCUUCCAGUAAGGUGGCUUUAGUUAAAUCUUCUUGGUUUCAAGUAAUUUCAGUUAUUCUUCAAAAAGCUGAUUAUUUACUAAGCAAGAAGGAAACGCAAACAUUAUUGUUGACUAUUUUGAAUAAUUUAAACGAUGAAGAACCAACUGUUUUGCCUCAUAUUUGGGAGUGUCUCCUGUUAGCUACAUCUACCGAAGAAAGAUGGAAAUGUAUAAACAUAGAGCAACAAUUUACACCAACGAUAAUGAGCAUUUUGAAACAAGCCGGUAAUGAUAAUGCUGCUUUAAUUUACCCAAACUUUUUGCCUCUUAUUUCAAAUGUGCCUUUAUUAGAUGAGAAAAAGAAACAAUUUUAUGCAAGCUUUUUUGAAAACAUGAGUGUAGGACUUAAAUUGAAAUCAGUUGCAGGCAACGCUCAAUCAACAAACAUAAUUGCAAAAGCUUACAUUGAGUGUUUGCAAUUUUUGAUUAGGAAAAAUCUAGAUGAUGUGAUUUUUUGCAAGAAUUUGAUCAAGCAACUUUGCAAGGUGUUAGAAUGGUGCAUGACGAAAGAUGCAGUUUCAUAUUCGACUAUUUUCUAUCAAACCACAAGUUUUGUUGAGUAUUUACAGAAAAAUAGCAAUUUGAAAGACAUACAAGUUUUGGUUGAGUUUUUUACUAAUUUGUUGCAAGAUUCAUUUUAUCUUUCAAUUAAUAAGGCUUCAAAUAGUAUUGGUGCAAUAGCAGAAAGGCAGGUGGAAUUUCUGUUGUUGCUUAAACAAAAACAAGAAAAGCCUGAUGAAUUUUAUUUUAACAAAGUACAAAAUGUUGCUAUGAAGUUAAUGGAAGUUUACUUGAAUUAUACUGAAGAAAAAUCCUCAAACGAAUUAUUACCGCAAGUGUAUAUUUUAACAGAAGAAUUUGAUAGUAAAUUAGUAUUUGAGAUAUUAUUUAAGCAAUUAAAAACUGAAAAUUAUAUGGAAAUUUAUACAAAAGGAUUGAAAAACUGGCUCUUGUCUGAACAAAUUUAUUGCAGCAGCGUUAUAAACUUAGUAUUUGCUUUACUUGGAAAUCUUGAAGCAAAUGACAAAGAAGCUGUUUUAAAUAACCUCCUAGAGAUCAAUCAGCCUAAUUGUAUUACUUGGUCACUGUUAAGGGCAGUUUCAGCUCCAUAUAAAAACGACACCGUAAUACAAAAGUGGCUCAAAAGUGACACUAUUUCUAACUUAAUAAUUUCCAUUGCUGGAAAAUAUAUUAAUGGAGAAGCCAAUGAGGAAAUGAUAAAUGUUUUUAAGACCUCUUUAGAAUCACUUAUCAGUAAAGAUAUAUUAAACAGAAUUGUUGAAGCUUUAUCAGAGAAUCUUCAACAGGAAAAUCUUAAAAUAGAUUCAAGUUUAGACUUGGCUUCGGAUAUUUGUGAAGUAAUUUACACGUCAACUUAUAAGCUUACUUAUGGAAGUAAGUUGCUGUUGACGAUAUUCAAAUUAUCUUGUAAUUUGGCUAAUGAAGAUUUGAAUGUUAUAUGGCAAAAAUCACUAGGCACUCUUUUGAAAUGUCUUGAGGAUAAGGAAAGGGAAGACUUACUGGAGGAAUUAUUUGAAAUUAUCGAAGAUGUUUUUAGUAGGAUGUUGAUUAAAGGAAAUGUUCAAUUAAUCGAUGAAAUUUUGACAGAGCUAUUGGAAACUGUUUAUGGAAAUCAAGAAAAUUUAACUACUUGGGUUGUAGGGUAUUUGUCUAAGAAGUCAGAGAGGAUUUCUGGUGAAAUUGAUGUACUUGGACUUUGUAAGGUUGCAAAAUAUGUGAAAGAAGGCCUAGACAUUUUCCAUGAUGAAUUAAUAAUUCAAAAACCCUUCAACGCAGAAAGUCUGUUAUCCUACUACGUGAAUUAUUUUCUGAAAAUUCAAGUUUUAAGCACCACUUUACGCGAUGGAAAUAAAAUUAUCGAUUUGGUUAUUGAUCCUGUGGAUAAUCUAGUAGAGCUGUUUUAUUCUUACUUGAUUGCUGACAUGUUUUUGGAAAAUUUUGGAAACGUGAAGUACUAUAGAGAAUUACACAGCUUCCAUACGAUGUAUCGUCAGCAAAUCAAUGGAAUAAUGAAAUCCAUAAACCAAAACACUGUAGAAGAAAUUGAUAAUCAGCUAACGGAAAACUUGAAUUUAGGUUGGUUCUGGUACCAAGCACGUACCUUGUUCCAGCAAACUCUCUGCGAAUUGCAAGAUGUUUCAAAUUUGUCUUGUAACCCUGAUAAUAAGGACGCAUCAAGCGCUUCAACUGGCAUUACAUAUUAUUGUAAUGGAAAAGUCAAAAAAACUUUUGUGGGGGAUGAUGACUAUAUGGAAGAAAUAUUCGUAACUUUGUUCGAGGAAGUUGAUAAUGUCAGGAAAGAUAAUUUAGCUCAGUUUUUGUAUGAAAAUAGUGAUAUUUCUUGGGAAUGUGCAAAUAAAAUUAUCAGAUCCAUUAGGAAAUGUACAAUGUUGAUGGAAAAGCUUAAAUUAACUCAACGCUAUUGGGAUUUUAUUGUGCUUUCUUUGGUUUCUUGGGCUUCAAAUUGCUUCAAGGCCAGAAGGCAAAUUCACCAAUAUCAGUAUCAAGCAAUGUUGGUCUCAGUAUCAGAGCUUUACAUAUCAGUUUGUAAAAGAAUUGAAAAAUUAAAAAUAGAACAACCAAAUUCAAAUUUUAUUAGUGAAUGGGAAGAUAUCCUUUUGGAAGGCAUCCAUGCUGAUAUUGCCAGAAUUUGGUACUUUUUAGCAGAUCAUUUCAGCAAACCUAGUGAAGACUCCAUAAUCAACCUACCCAUUCUGCAAUCUUUUGUAAAAGUAUCAGAUUAUUUGCGUCACGAUUUGAUUUUCAAAGGCCAAGAAAACCUCCCUAAAUGGACAAAGUUCUUCCAACACACUUUACAUACUUUACUAACCAAUUCUCAAGAGAUAUUACAACUAUGGGGCUACAGUAUGUUGUUAACAUUAUUGCCAGGAUUAGUAAAACUCGACGAAGAAUCAGUAAAAACAACUACACCUCACAGAAAUGGAUUAAUUUUCGAACAAUUCAAAGUGAAAAUUGACAAAAUUCAAGACAUCGUUAAUAGCGUUUUAAUAGAUUUUCGUAUAGGAGAAAAUAGCUGUACGGUAGAGCCAUCUUAUGAUUCAUAUACCUAUACUUUGGCCUAUUUACUCGUGUGGGAUGUCAUGUUAGGUUUGUGUCAGAAAGCAUCGCCUGAAUUGAGGUUUCAGUAUUCCGAUUGGCUGAAAGAUGGUUCCAUACUUAAUCAAUUUUUCACAAAUAUCUUCAAACUAAUGCCCAUAGAAACGUUGCUACACGAAAUAGGAGACUCCAAAAUCCACACUGAUACCUUCACAACUAAACCUAUAGACUCUACAGGUUCUUCUCGUUUUUACGGUAGCCACAUGAUUGAAAAUUUAGCCUGUUACUUGUUUAAAUCAGCAGUUGAACAUUUCCCAGCAUUGGUAAGACAGUGGUGGACAGUUUUAGACAUAAAAACGUCCCAAAUUGUUGAAAAAGUUACCAGUUUAUAUGUAUCACCUUACAUUUGCGAUGCCGAGCUUGAUAAUGUAGUACAAAACCAAAACGCUUUCAAAAACUUGAAGGUGAAAGUAAUGCCAAAUGUACGAGAAAUCAAAGCAGUUUACACAGUAGAUGAAGCUCAAAUGGAACUAACCAUAACACUUCCCAGUAAUUACCCGUUAGGUAAUCCAAUUAUAUUUUGUGAUAGACAAAUAAGCGGUGCCAACCAGAAACAAUGGUUGCUCCAAAUCAAAAAAUGUGUCCUGCAUCAAAACGGUAAAAUUUGGGACGGUUUAUCCUUGUGGAACUCGAAUCUGGAUAGGAAAUUCGAUGGAAUCGAGGAAUGUUACAUUUGCUAUGCAGUUUUACAUUCCGGUGCUAAUCAGUUACCAAAAUUGACCUGUCGGACUUGUAAGAAGAAGUUUCAUUCUGUCUGUUUGUACAAAUGGUUCAGUACAAGUAACAAGAGCAGUUGUCCUAUAUGUAGAAAUUUGUUUUAAACAUUAUUUUGUUAUGUAAAGUUUAAUAAAACACAAAUAAUUGGCAAAAUUUUACUAUUUGAGGUGACAAGCAAAAAAUGUACAAAGUAAAUCCUGAAAUCUUCAAAUAAAUGCUUGUGCGUAUUACGAUUUCCAAAAGUUUGGGGCCAAAGUUAAUCUCCUUUCAAAAUUGGUGUACCAGUUUUGUACUGUUGAUAAUGGGACAUAAGUGGCAGUAGGAUCUGGAACCAUAUUAGCUUGGUUUAUGGUGUAGGAUAAAACAUAGUCCAUGAAAUUUUUCAACAUUUUCUGGGCAAAAUUCACUUGAGUCGUUUGACCGUCUGGCGAUGGAACUUCGCGGAUAUUACAUAGUGGUUCUAAAAAAAAAAUUAAAAAAUAUUAACAUUAAAAAUGUAAGUCUAGGAUAUAUUUUACCUAUACUAAUUCCUAUUUGAGCAUUAUGAACAAUGUGCGAUUGUCCAAACAUCAUGUUUGAAUAAUCGCUCAUUUCUUCUAGCCUCUUGAAAUUUGAUAUUUUAAAUAUUACCGAGGGCUUUUGGUUGGAAAUGUAACCCAGCAGUUGCCAGUUGGGUGGAGCGUUUGGAUCAGGCCAGCUGAAAUAAACUACAAAAAUGGGAUUACAAAUUACAGAUAAAAUGUAUUAAGGAUUGUUCAUUACCUUGACCUGCAGUUCCUUCUGGAAAGGGAACGCUUCCAGUUAGAAAGACAACAAUGUGAUUUAUGUUAUCAGCAUCGGGGAUUGUAGUUACGAAAUGUGCUUCAUUUAUUUGUUGGAAUUCAGUUUGUACCUGAAAUAGCAAUAAUUAUAAAAAUCAACUUACAAAAACUGAAAUUGGGAAUGUUGAGAACAAACAAUUAUUUACACUGAUGAUGGGACUGAUGGGAGUAUAUGAAGUUAGUGUUUUACUUCAUCAAUAUAUCAUGUAGGUCUUAGUUACUUCAUGAUCUUUGUUAAAUUUACAAAAUUGAUAAUUUCUUUUAUAUUAAAAAUGUCAUCUCUGGAACAAUUUUACUCUGGUCAGUCUGCAAUUCAAUAGAGAGCAAAUCCAAAUUGAUGAAAACUUCAAACGUCUUGACUGGAGAAAUCGAAAUAGAAGGUAGAAUAGAGUCAGCAAGACUUUUAAAUUUCAAAAAAUUCCUGACCAACAAAGAACUUUGGUAUGGUGUGCAAGCAUGGAUGAAUAUUUGAGAAUUU